GCUUUUCGAGGUGACAGUGAGAGGCUGGACGCCAUGGUGGGAGGGCGCUGGUCGACCGUGCCUGAACGCCUCAGCCUCAGGAAGCUGCUAUUGAAUUGUGCAGGGAACUUCGCUUGAUGAUGAAAGGCGCUUGGACGCUGGCGAUACCACCUUAAGACAGCUCCAUUCCUUUCCAAGGCUCGCAUUUAAAAGCUGGCUGCUUCAACCAGGGUUUUCAAAAUGUCAUAUCAGCGUUGAUCAGUGUGUGUUGAGAUUUCACUGAAAAUGCGAACUAUGAGCUUCUUCCGGCUGAGUCAGUGAGCAACUAGAAGUGCGAAGAGGCAAAGGAGAAUGGAGGCGGGAAGAAGCCAGACAGUGCCGCUACUUCUGUGGCUCCUUGCCCUCCAUGUAGUGGGCCUACUUAUCUUCACAAAGGGGUUCCUCCUCACCAGAGUCGAGCUGGAUCUCUACAGCGGUUGCACAGACUUCCCCACUCACCACUACUCCAAUCAGUACACUACUGAAGAAACCUGCAGGCUGGUUGAAGACGCAUCACCCGAUGGUGCAUCCAGCAAGUUCAAAACCAGACCAGAUGACGCCGUUGAGGAACAGUUGCAAAUUCCCCGGAGACAGUCAGGCUGCUGGUCCACCCCCAAAGUCCAGAAGGUGGUCAUUCUCAUCAUUGACGCCAUGCGCUUCGACUUUGCGGCCAACACGAGCGCCUACCACCAGCCAACAGGCCCCUGGGUGGGGCGGCUGCCGAUCUUUGAGCGGCUUGUUGCUGAAAAGGGCGCGUCCGCUGCGCUCUUCAAGUUUGUGGCGGACCCUCCCACGACGUCCCUGCAGCGCCUGAAAGGCCUGACCACAGGCGGGCUGCCAACUUUCAUUGACAUUGGGAACAGUUUCGGAGCCCCCGCCAUCACUGAGGACAACCUGAUCUCGCAGUUAACGCAGCAGGGCCGGCGGCUGGUCCUCCUAGGCGAUGACACCUGGAUGGAUCUCUACCCCACGCAGUUCACUGAGGCGCACCCCUACCCUUCCUUCGUUGUCAAGGACAUCCACACAGUUGACAACGGCGUCAUCAAGGAGAUCUUCCCGGCUCUGGAGCGGGACGAUUGGGAUGUCCUCAUCGGACACUUCCUGGGAGUCGACCACGUGGGCCACACCUUCGACGUCGGCUCGCCAGUCAUGCUCGAGAAGCUCGAUCAGAUGAACGCCGUCAUCGAAGACGUAGUCUCCGCUCUAGAAAAGCACAGCCAGGGCCUGCACCAAGAUACGCUGCUCAUCGUGAUGGGAGACCACGCACAGACACUCAGCGGCGACCACGGAGGGGGCACGCCGGAGGAGGUUGACACGGCCCUCUUCGCCCUCAGCAUGCGGACGCCGCCGGCAGCGCUGCCGUCCGACUUGCGAUCCCAGCCGUGCACUACGUCGCUUUCAGAUCCGGGGCCGUCACGUUGCGCCACGCUCCCCCAGGUUGACUUCGCCCCAACGCUCGCGAUGCUCCUCGGCGUGCCCAUACCCUAUGCGAGCGUCGGCAAGAUUAGCCCCGAGCUCUGGGCGCUCUGUGCACACAGCUGGACGGAAAAGGUGCCUCCUUCAGAUGUCAGCCAUUCUACCCCACUUAAUAGCCGUUGCCAAGCGGCUAAGGUCCCUCCCCUUUGCCGCAACCCUUCAGCGACGAACGAACAUGGCACAGAGAAGAGGCAUCAUGUGGGCAGUGCGAAAAAUCAGCGAUCCGUGCUGGGAAGCAACGCCGAAACAGGAGCAGAGUCUAGGAGCGGAGGCGGCAGCGCAGAAGAGUACCGGUGUGAGCAUCGCUCACGAAGUGGGGAGGACGUCGAGGUGCCUAUAAGCGAUGAGGCCCGGCUUGAUACGUGGCUGGCGGGCUAUCUGCGCGCGCUCGCGGUGAAUAGCGCGCAGGUGCAGCGGUACCUCGACCAGUAUUCCGCGGCCGCAACCUCGCCGUUUCCCGCCGCACAGCUGGCAAAAGUGCGCGCGCUGCACCAGAAAGCUAUCCGGGCUGGCGGGGAAGUGCGUCAUGGGGCCGGAUCCGGGUUUCUACCGGAAGGGGACAGCGGUCGGGGUGGCAAGGAAACGGCAGAGGGGAUGUUGUUGGCAGGAAGCGAGACUGGUGACGGGGAAAGAUGUCAGUCUCGAGAAGAGGAGCUGCUCGCUGAUGUUGAGCGGACUCGCGGAAGUUUCGAAACGACCGGAAGAAGACAGGGAGUGUGCGGGGCCCAGACGGAAGGCGGAGAGACGUGUCGAGUCGAAGGGACAGCGACGAGUAAAAAUGCUGCUCAGGGAGACGGGUCUCAACGCCGGGAAGGGGAGAGCCGACUCAGCGCUCUCCAAAGAGCGAUCGCCGCUCACUUAGAGCACCUGACGAAGGCCGCUGAGCUGGCACGUGCGCAGUGGACGCAGUUCGACGGCGCGGCCAUGGUCCUCGGCCUAACGAUCCUGGCCGCUUCGCUUCUUGCGCACCUAAUUGCUCUACUCUCCCUCUCCUCCGACGCCCCUCCAAAACUUCCGUGGACGAGAACGGUAACGGUUGCGGCGGCUGUCGGAACGGCGAAAGCGGCGGGGAUCUCAGUAAGCGGCGGUGUGAAUGAGCUCGUUGGGGACGGUGUGCAUGCGCUCGUGAUGGGCGCGGGGGCGGCGGCGCUGGCGUCGGUUGCGGUGCUCAGCCGGCACGUGCUCGGAAGCCACGUGUCUGCGACAGCACAUGGAACGGAAGGGUUUGGUCUGUUAUGGCGGGGCCGAGUGGGAAGGAGGAGAGACUGGGGGCUGCUAUUGUUCACGUGCAUGCACGCAGCGAGCCUGAUCUCGGACAACUGCAUCAUGGCGGAGGGCAAGAUUGCUGUCGGCCUGACCGCCCUUACCGCUGCUCUAUACCUUCGAGAUGCUGUGAGAAUUAGAAGCCGCGUGCAUGUGCAAGACGCGCUCCUGCUCCUCGCGGCAAACGCAGCCCUCGCCUUCCUUGGCCUGCGCAGCCCUUCGUCACAACAGAGGGGCACCAGCGCAGCCACCCUGAGCCCCCCACUCGCGUCGAUUCUGGCAGCCCUGUCGACUUCCGUUCCGCUUCUCUUGCUCUUCCGCCUGCUGUCCCGCCACUUGCCCAGCAAAACGAGGCUCUGGCGGGCCUUCCAAAUGUGCUGCGCACUGCAGUAUUUCUUAGUCGCUGCCUACCGCUUGGUUGAAGAUUUGGGCGACCAGUUUCUGCUGCCCCCGCACCAGAUGGUCGCCCGGUUGCUUCUUCCCCGGGCGGUCUACGGCCUGGCUGCGACUCUCCUUGCCACCCUUGUGGCCUCGGUAGUCGACAUCCAGGUAGGGAGGAGGAUAUCUGGAAAAGAGUGUUAUGCAAACGGGCAAGAAAAGAGCGCAGGGGACCGUAAGAACGGCGUGACAGACACGAGCGGCAGGAACGGCCGGCUUCUGAGCGCUAACCCCGCGUCGACCGGCUUAACCAAACCCAGUGUAGCCCCGGCUAACGGCGUAGUCAAAGCCGGAGUAGAGCGGACUCCAACCGAGGCGGAGCAGAGAUCAGAUGAUUCGACGGCAGUUGAUGCAACGGCUGCGCGGGUCGUCGCUCUACUUACAGUCGUCGGGGGCGGGCUGGUAAUGCUGCUCGGCAAGAAGGGACCCGCUCUUCUGGUUGCGGCGGCAGUGCAAGCGGCGUGCUCCGUUAGAUUACAGUCACUGUCCGGAGAUCGAGUGUGCAUUCCGGAGAGGGGCCAAGCGAUGGUGGACGGAGACAAGGGCCUUCCGGCGUCUGCAGCCCAGAACGGAACCGGAACGGAGGUGGAGGGAGAUGGAGUCGGGAAGAGCGUCGGGGGAGGAGCAAUCCGAGCGCAUUUGGGGAAAAGUGAGACGGGUCAAAUUGAGUCCGACGAAGGUCAGAAGAUCAGUUUAGGCCGGACUUCUGAGGCACCUGUAGAAGGGACCGGCAGCGGCCGCUCUUCUGACGGGGAUAAGCGCGCACGAGCGACAUCGUGCAGCGCCAGGUCUAUAGAGAGUCCUCUCAGUGUCAUGCACAAUUCAGCGGCCCGCUUAGUGGGCGCCGCCGCUGCGGGGAGCGAGUGGAGUAUUCACACCACCCAGCUGUUCUUCUGCACCGGCCACCGGUGCGCCUUCGACGCCCUCCAGUACACCGCGGCCUUCGUGGGGUUUGAGGGGUUUAGCUUCGCGCGUUCGGGCGCGCUCCUCGCGGCGAACACCUUCGCGGCGCACAUUCUGGUCGCGUUCGGGCUUCCACUGCUCGUGUUUCGGCGUGCCCUCAAGUGGCCGGAACGGGCGGAUCUGCGAGUGAUGCUUGGGAGAGUAGUGCUAGGAUACGGGCUCGCGCGCGCGCUCGCGUGUUUGGUGACGACGGGAACCGUGGCGAUUUUGCGGCGGCACCUGAUGGUGUGGUCGAUCUUUGCGCCGAAGUUUGUGUUUGAUUCGUGCAGCUUGCUGGUUACAGACAUUCUAUUGGCAGUGAUUGUGGUCUAUGCAGAGGCAGCGUUUGCCAGGGCUAAAAGGAGGUAGCUAAGUUCAAUUGCUCAUUAUCUUUCUAUAAGAAAGCGUCAAGUUCCGGGAAGAGCUGUCAAUAACAACCGCCUAACAAAUCAUCGGGUCUUUGACUCCGAACCCUCGAGGCGAAGCUAAGGUGCAUGCAGCUUUUUCCAGCCAAAAGUUCGCAUGUACAGAAGUAGGUUGUGCAUUCGAACGAGGAUCUGACCGUUUAUAGGUCUUCAUCUAAAUGGAUCCCG